CGCGAGCCCCCGCCACACCUGGAGCUGCUGUGCUGCGGCGUAGAGGGUCUCUCACCAGCGGCCUGGGCCAAGGAGCCUUCAGGGGCAGGCGAGGACAUGGGCUCACCGCAGCAGCACCGGUGCAGCCAGGAGGCCGAGGAGGAAAAGGGAGGUUUCCACAGCGGCUCCCCAAAGGUAGAGCAGGCCAGUGCCGGGACGCCAAGCCAGGCCAGCCCAGGUGCCGAGGAGAGCUGGGACGCGCUGUUCAAUGACGACGGGGACUGCCUGGACCCACGCCUGCUGGAGGAGCUCUUGGGGGGUGAGAAGCACCGGGAGAGCCGGCAGUCACCCCGCUUUGACUACUAUGGGGCCGAGCCCACCGCACCAGACCUCAGUGAUGCCGAGCUGCCCCAUGUCAUCGAGAUCUAUGAUUUCCCCUCGGAUUUCCGCACUGAGGACCUGCUGCGUGUCUUCUGCAGCUAUCAGAAAAAAGGCUUUGAUAUUAAGUGGGUGGAUGACACACAUGCCCUGGGCAUCUUCUCCAGCCCCAUAACAGCACGCGAUGCCCUCAGCACCAAGCACCUGCUGGUGAAGACGCGCCCACUCUCCCAGGGCACCCAUGCCUCUAAAGCCAAAGCCAGGGCGUACGCUGACUACCUGCAGCCAGCCAAGGAGCGCCCUGAAACAUCGGCCGCCCUGGCCAGGCGGCUGGUGAUCGGUGCCCUGGGGGUACGCAGCAACCAGACACCAGCCCAGCGAGAUGCUGAGCGGAGGAAGCUGCAAGAAGCCCGGGAGAGGAAGCGCCUGGAGAACAAGCAGCGGGAGGAUGCCUGGGAGGGCCGGGACUGAGCUGGAAGACUGCACCUUCAGCCCCACUGAGAACCCCCUGGGGUGCCCGGGCCCUUCUCUGCGGGCAGGCAGGGCACCCUGCGUCUCAGAGCUGGGAUGGAUCCUGCACCGCAUCCAAAAGCACUGGGCUGCUCCACCGAAAGGGCUGAGCAGGACGCGCGCAGGUUUGUUGGUGCCGUGCAGAUGCUGUCGCCGUC